AUGAAAACUUCAACUUUUGUUCUUGUCGCAAUUGUCAUUGCUGUUGAUGCAAGGAAGGUGUGCGUUCCUGUGCCGCAUCCAGACCCGUGCGUACCAGUAAUAUUAGCUGCAGCGCCUAUUUGGAAAGAGGCGGCUCAAAUGCUGGCAAGUCUCAAUACUGAUUGCAGUAAUGAACUAAGUGCUGUGUCAUUUGCAGACGAAGAGGAAUUUGAUGCAUUCAGUAGAGAAUUCUACAUGACAAAUAAUUGCACGACUUCUCAUUUGUCGUACCAGGAAGAUUUUAUUGCUUCUCUUGCAAAUAUCAUUGGAGCAAAUUAUGAUAACUAUUAUAAGUUUAUCUGCCAAAACUCUGAUAGAGUAGGAGAUGCAGUUUGUCUUGCUGAAGGUGAUGAAAGUUUACUCAACGCGUUCACCAAUGUUGCAGGUGGAUGGGACAACAUUAUUCAAGCAAAAAGAGUAAUCAGUUUAUCUAAUAAAAUAAUAAUUAGACAUGUUUCAUAA